AUGUAUAUGAUCUUCAAGUCCCACAAACUCUGGGAUAUGGUAGAAACUGGUUUUGAACCAGUGAAGAAGGAAGAUGGUGAAGCUCUGACCACAGCUCAGAAGCUCACUUUGGAAGACAAUAUUGCAAAAGAUGCUAAGGCAUUGGGUAUGAUCCAGAAUGCAGUUUCAGAUGAUAUUUUUCCCAGAAUUGCUUUGAAGGAAUCAGCCAAUGAGGCAUGGGAAAUUCUGCAGCAAGAAUUCAGAGGAGACAAGAAGGUAAGAUCUGUGAAACUUCAAGCUCUUAGAAGAGAAUUUGAAUACACUCGCAUGCAUGAUGAUGAAUCUUUAUCUGGGUAUGUCACUAAAUUGCUUGAGUUGGUAGAUCAAAUGAAGGCAUAUGGUGAAGAGUUAACUGAACAGAGGAUUGUUCAGAAACUGUUGAUCAGUUUGUCCAGAGAAUAUGAUUCCAUUGCAGAAGUUAUAAAGGAAACCAAGGAUACAGAAUCCAUAGGAGUUCAGGAGGUUAUAGGCUCCCUAAAAUCCCAUGAACAACGCCUACUAAGGCAUAAUGAGAGAGUGACAGAAAAGGCAUUUUACAGCCUAAAUGUAGGGUCUAGAGACCAAUCAAACACAGGACAAGCUGGUAGUUCUAAGUCUAAGAAGAAUUGGAAAUCUCAUAAAGGGAAGAAAUGGGAUACUAAGUUUGAAAACAGUUCCAAGAAGGAAAAUCAAAGUGAAGGAGACAAGGUUCCUUGUAAAACUUGUGACAAAUUGCACUACAGUGCUUGCUGGUUCAAAGGCAAACCUAAGUGUUAUAAAUGUGAUAGGUUUGGUCAUAUAGCCAAAGACUGCAAAGGAAAACCAGAUCAAGCUGCUAACUAUGCAUCACACAAGGAGGAAGAAGGCAACAUGUUCUAUGCUUGUCAUGCUGCUGCAAUAGUGAAAAAUAAUGGUGUGUGGUAUGUGGAUAGUGCAUGUAGCAACCACAUGACUUCACAAGUAUCCCUUCUAGUCAAUAUUGACACCAAGGUCACUGCAAAAGUAAAAAUGGGCACUGGAGACUUGGUACAAGCAACUGGGAAAGGUACUCUGGUUAUUGACACAAAAUCUGGCCCGAGAUACAUUAAAGAAGUCAUGCUUGUACCAGGGUUGGAUGAGAACUUGCUUAGUGUGGGUCAGAUGGUAGAACAUGGCUAUUAUCUGGUUUUUGGAAAUUCCAUGGUGGAGAUAUUUGAUGACAGCUCCAUGGAAAACUUAGUGGCAAAAGUUUCCAUGACAGGAAAUAGAUGUUUUCCACUCUCACUAAAGUAUGCAAAUUCUAUAGCUAUGAAGGCAACCGUUGAAGAAUCCACUUGGUUUUGGCAUAGGAGGUUUGGUCAUUUGAAUCUGCAGAGUCUGAGGCUGUUACAACAACAAGAGCUGGUCUAUGGAUUACCUGAAAUUGGCAAUGCAAAGAGAAUAUGUCAAGGGUGUGCUAUUGGCAAAGCACACAGAGAAGCUUUUGGUAAAGAGAAAACAUGGAGAGCAAGUGUGCCACUGGAGCUGGUGCAUUCAGAUGUGUGUGGACCUAUGCAAACUACAACAAUAGGGGGAAAUAAAUAUUUCUUGACUUUCAUUGAUGACUGCACUAGAAUGUGCUGGGUGUAUUUCAUGAAAUUUAAGUUAAAAGUGUUUAAUAUUUUCAAGAAGUUUAAAGCUAUGGUGGAACUGCAAAGUGGCUACAAAAUCAAGAAACUUAGAAGUGACAGAGGUGGAGAAUACACCUCCACUGAAUUUCUGCAGUUUUGUGAUGAAGUCGGGUUGGAAAGACAACUAACCGUGGCCUAUUCACCUCAGCAAAAUGGAGUUGCUGAGAGAAAGAACAGGACAAUAGUGGAAAUGAGCAAGGCAAUGAUGAAUGAGAAGAAACUACCUUACAUGUUUUGGGGAGAGGCAGUGAAUACUGCUGUUUACAUUCAAAACAGAUGUCCUACAAAGGCUUUAAAUACCACAAAUCCUUUCGAAGCCUUUAGUGGGAGAAAUCCUGGAAUUAAACACUUAAGAGUGUUUGGUUCCAUUUGUUUUUGCCAUGUUCCGAGUCAAUUGAGGUCUAAAUUGGCAGACUCAGCUGUCAAAUGCAUUUUUGUUGGCUAUGGAAAAUGUGAAAAGGGCUAUAGAGUAUACAACCUGCAGACAAACAAGAUAACUGUAUCUAGAAGUGUUAUUUUUGGUGAAGGUGCAUUUUGGGAUUGGGACAAACAGAUUAUUGAGUAUAUCACGGUUCCAAUGAACCUUGAAGACAAUCCUAGAAGUACUGAAGAAGAGUAUGAAGUCACAGCUUCAUCUACACCAGCAACACAACUUGAAAAUAUCUCUAGCUCAGUUGAGUUAAUCACGGAUGUGUCAAAUACUGAUUCAUCAGAUGAAUCACCAAGUUCUACACCUGUGAAGCUCAGAGAUAUCACUGAGAUCUAUGCUAGAUGCAAUAUGAGUAUCAUUGAACCAGAGAAUUUUGCAGAAGCUUCAAAGGAUAAGGCUUGGCAAAAGGCAAUGGAAAUAGAAAUGGAGAUGAUUGAGAAGAAUGAGACUUGGGAACUAGUUGAUAGACCAAGUGAUAAACUUGUGAUUGGUGUGAAAUGGGUUUAUAAAACCAAAUUGAACCUUGAUGGCUCAAUACAGAAGCAUAAAGCUAGGUUGGUGGUCAAAGGCUAUGCACAGAAGCCUGGAAUUGACUUCAAUGAGACUUUUGCUCCUGUGGCCAGACUUGACACGAUUAGAACUCUCAUAGCUUUGGCAGCUCAAAAAGGGUGGAAACUAUACCAGUUAGAUGUCAAGUCUGCAUUCCUAAAUGGUGUACUUAAGGAGGAAGUUUAUGUAGAUCAACCGGAUGGAUUUGUGACUACAAACUAUGAAGACAAGGUGUACAAACUGAAGAAAGCCUUGUAUGAUUUAAAACAGGCUCCAAGAGCCUGGUAUGAGGAAAUCAAUGCCUAUCUUGUUAGUUGUGGUUAUGUCAGAAGCACAAGUGAGGCUAUAUUGUAUUGCAAGACUAAGGAAGACUCUGGAACUCUAAUAGUCUCAAUCUAUGUUGAUGACAUUGUGUAUAUAGGUAGCAGUGAAGAAUUAAUUGCUAAAUUCAAGACUGAAAUGAUGAGAAGGUAUGAAAUGACUGACUUAGGCCUUUUAUAUCAUUUCCUUGGUAUGGCAGUGAUUCAAAUUGAAUCCUGCAUUUUCAUAAAUCAAAAGAAGUAUGCUCUGACAUUGCUGAACAAGUUUGGUUUGAAACAAUGUAAGCCAGUUAGUACUCCUCUUGUGGCAAGUGAAAAAUUGUGCAAGGAUGAUGGAAGUGAUCCUGCAGAUGAGAGUGAAUACAGGCAGAUUGUAGGUAGUCUGUUGCAUUUGACAGCUACAAGACCUGAUAUUAUGUUUGCAGCUAGCUUAUUAGCUAGGUUCAUGCAUUGCCCAACUAAGAAACACUAUGGAACGGCUAAGAGGGUGCUAAGAUAUAUCCAAGGCACAAUUGAUUUUGGUAUAGAAUAUCAGAAGGGAAAAGAAGCUGUUCUAAUUGGGUACUGUGAUAGUGACUGGAGUGGAAUUCAAGAUGACAUGAGAAGCACUUCAGGCUAUGCUUUCUCUUUUGGCAGUGGAGUGUUCUCUUGGGCAUCAGUCAAGCAACAUAGUGUUGCUCUCUCCACAGCUGAAGCUGAGUAUGUCAGUGCAAGUGAAGCUACUACACAGGCUAUAUGGUUGAGGUUUGUUCUAGAGGAUUUUGGAGAAUUGCAAGCUGAUGCAACUCCAUUAAUGGUGGACAACACUUCUGGCAUUGCAAUGACUAGAAACCCAGUCUUUCAUCAAAAGACCAAGCACAUAAAUCGCAGGUACCAUUUCAUCCGAGAUGCUCUACAAGAUGGGGUAGUGGAUUUAAAAUAUUGCAAGUCUGAAGAACAAAUGGCUGACAUCUUCACCAAAGCUCUGCCUAAAGAUCGAUUCAACUAUUUGAGAGGAUUGCUUGGUGUUAAACCAGUUAACAAUUUAGAAGGGAAUGUUGAAAUGUAA